AUGGCGGUACUCCAGCCAUCUGAGGGGGCUAUAGGAGCGGCGCCGCCCUUGUCGAAGAGCUUCGCGGCUGUGGUAACAGCCAGCAGUAGUGCUGAGGUCUUCGACCUAGGGACAAUCUCCACGCGCAGAGGGGAACCAGCUUUUAGAAUAGCGAACAGCGACAUUCAGCAGUUAGCACGUCUAUUCCAACAAGCACUGGUGGGCAGAUUCUCAUACAGUCGUCCUCCUAUGGAGGCUGUAAGGAGGUUCUUCUUAUUAUUAGGGCUGAAGGGGGACUAUGCGGUGGCCUUGUUAGAUACGAACCAUGUUCUCAUCAGGCCAACAGUAGAAGAGGAUUACAUUUGGUUAUUCGUACGCCGCACAUGGUAUAUAAGGAGUUCGCCAAUGACAAUCUCCAAAUGGUUUCUGGAUUUCAAAGCCAACAAGGAAAUCUCAAUUGCUCCUGUGUGGGUAAGUUUUCCAAGCCUGCCAUUGCCAUUCUUUGGGAGGAACCCACUCAAUAAGCUGGCCUCUGUCCUGGGAAGACCACUAAAGAUUGACGCCGCAACGGGAGAUUUGAGGAGGCUGUCGGUUGCAAGGGUGUUGGUGGAGAUCGAUGUAGCCCGCGCACCAGCAAAAAGGGUCUGGAUAGGUGAUGAGGAGUAUGGUUUCUGGCAGAACAUGGAGUACGAGAGCUGGCCAGCGUUUUGCUCCUUCUGUGAGAGAUUUGGCCAUGACCAACAAGAGUGUUAUAGGAAGUUUCCGGCUCUAAGGCCUGCGAAAAAUCCCCAGGCACAUUUGCCGCAACCCAAGGACCCUCUUCCCCAAGGAGAUCAAGGAACGACCAUGGCGAGGGGGGAGGAUGUUGGAGAGUGGAGGGAUGUCUAG